AUGGGUGCUAAAACUUCCAAACUUUCGAAGGAUGACCUUACGACACUGAAACAAACGACCUAUUUCGACAGGCGUGAAAUUCAACAAUGGCACAAGGGGUUUCUGAGAGACUGUCCCAAUGGGCAUUUGACAAGGUCUGAUUUUGUGAGGAUAUAUAACCAAUUCUUCCCCUUUGGAUCGCCUGAGGAUUUUGCAAACCAUCUGUUCACUGUAUUCGAUCACGACGAUAAUGGGUUCAUUGAGUUUAGCGAGUUUAUAAAAGUACUGAGCAUUACGUCUAGAGGAUCGGAUGAGGAGAAGGUCGAGUGGGCUUUCCAAUUAUACGACUUGAACGGGGACGGAGUGGUUACCUUCGAUGAAAUGCUCACCAUCGUGAGCAGCGUCUACAAGAUGAUGGGCUCGAUGGUCAAACUGGAGCCCGACGAGGCCACGCCGGAACUGAGGGUGAAGAAGAUCUUUGACAUCAUGGAUAAAGAUCGUGAUGGAUACAUAUCACUUGACGAUUUCAAGAUUGGAUCAAAAGAAGAUACCUCAAUCCUAAAUGCACUCAACCUGUACGAAGGAUUAGUAUGA